CCUCCAUUAUAACCUAGAAUUUGUUUAGACCGUGAUUUAUAUACCUAAACUAUGAAUAUAUUUUCUAUCAACUCUGUGUUCAGGGGCUUAGCACGUGUACUUCCAGUAAAAUUUUGUAAAAAUAAAAGAAAUAUGUCGAAUUUAAUACAAGGAACUGCUUCGGAUGAAUUGAAACGUAUUGUUUGGGUAGACCUGGAGAUGACUGGUUUGGAUAUUGAAAAAGAUCAUAUUUUGGAGGUAGCAUGCUUAGUAACUGAUGGAAAACUAGAUAUAAUUGCAGAAGGUCCUAAUUUAAUUUUACAUCAACCUGUAGACGUUUUAAAUAACAUGAAUGCUUGGUGCUUGGAUCAUCAUGGAAAGACAGGUUUAAUUCAAGAAUCAUUAAAAUCGAAGUUAUCACUACCUGAAACAGAAAAAAUACUUUUGGAUUUUGUUGAAAAGCAUGUUGGAAAAGGUGUAUGUCCGUUAGCAGGAAAUAGUGUUUACAUUGAUCGAUUAUUUUUACGAAAAUAUCUUCCAAAUUUUAACGAUUAUUUGCAUUAUCGCAUUAUUGAUGUAUCAACAAUCAAAGAAUUAUGUCGUCGUUGGUAUCCAAUGGAAUUUAGUGAACAACCGAAAAAGAAAUUGGUUCAUCGGGCUAUGAGCGAUAUUAAAGAAAGCAUCAACGAAUUAAAAUAUUUUAGACAGUCCAUAUUUAAAUAA